GUGUGUGUGUGUGUGUGUGUGUGUGUGUGUGUGCUGCGAGCCCUGUGAUUGGCUGAGCCCGGCUAGAUGCACCAACAGUGGAAAGAAGCCGGAGCAGAGAGGAGGAGGCUGCAGAGAGCCGAGCAUACAAAGAGCAUGUGAGCCACUGUGUGUGUGUGUGUGUGUGUGUGUUACAGGCAAGCUUAAUGUGUGUGUGACAUCCAGAGGUGUGUGUGUGUGUGUGCAGGAGGCGAGCGAGCGAGGCAGCGAGGAGGAAACCUGAUCUCUCUCUCUCUCUCUCUCUCUGUGGAAUAACGCUUUCCGUUAGUGCUCGCUGUUAUUAGCCUCGCUGUAAGCUUCUAGCUCGGCCCGGCCUGGCUCGGCUCAGCCCAGCCCGGCCCGGACCCAGUGGUGUUGUGGUGCUGGAGGUGCUGGUGCUGGUGAUGGAGCGGUUCCUGGCCCUGCUGCGCCUGCUGGGCAGGAGGAGGCGAGGGAGGAGGUACCGGGCGGAUGACGAUUACCAGGAAGGCUACGAAGACGUUUACUACUACACCAGCAAGUACAACACACACCUACUGAAUGAGGGGCCGUACACCAAACACUCUGCCGGGUCGCGACCUCCAGAUGGAGCGCUGGCCAUCAGGAGGCAGAGUAUACCAGACGAGUUUCGGGGCUGCUCGGUGGUGGAGCUGAUGAAGAAGGAGGGCACGACGCUCGGACUGACGGUUUCAGGCGGCAUCGACAAAGACGGGAAACCCCGGGUUUCAAACCUGCGACAGGGAGGCAUCGCUGCCAGGAGCGACCAGCUCAACGUGGGCGACUACAUCCGAGCUGUGAACGGCAUCAACCUGGCCAAGUUCAGACACGAUGAGAUCAUCAGUCUGCUGAAGAACGUCGGCGAGCGAGUCGUCCUCGAGGUCGAGUACGAGCUGCCGCCCGUCUCCGUGCAGGGGUCAGGGGUCAUGUUCAAGAACCUCGAAGUCACGCUUCACAAAGAAGGAAACAGUUUCGGCUUCGUCAUCAGAGGCGGAGCUCAUGAAGACAGGAACAAGUCUCGCCCUAUCGUCAUAACAACCAUCAGGCCAGGCGGUCCGGCUGACAGGGAAGGAACGGUCAAACCGGGCGAUCGGUUGCUAAGCAUCGAUGGGAUUCGUCUCCAUGGCAGCACGCUAUCGGAGGCCAUGAGCAUCCUGAAGCAGUGCGGACAGGAAGCCACGCUGCUGAUCGAGUACGACGUCUCAGUGAUGGAUUCUGUUGCCACGGCGUCAGGCCCGCUGCUGGUGGAGGUUGCCAAGGCGACGGGCUCCAGCCUGGGCGUGGCUCUGUCCACCUCCAUGUUCUGCAGCAAGCAGGUCAUCAUCAUCGACAAGGUCAAACCAGCCAGCAUAGCAGACAGGUGUGGCGCUCUCCAUGCAGGCGAUCACAUCCUGUCCGUUGAUGGGAAGUCGAUGGAGUUUUGUUCUCUGGCUGAAGCCACUCAGCUGCUCUCUGCCUCCUGUCAGACGGUCCGCAUGGAGAUCCUGCCACAGCACCAGGCCCGACCGGCCCUGAACGCACCACAGCACGUCAAGGUGCAGCGUAGUCCCCGCCCCCUCCCCUGGGAGACAGGAAACUCCGCCCCCGUCCUCCCUCCUUACCACUACAACACGUACCACCCCGACCAAUCAGCUGCCAGAUCGCACAACCGCCAUACAAACAACCCUCCGCUCAGUCACUCGUUCUCUCCAGGCUCCAUGUCGGCGUAUAGUCUCUCGUCCCUCAACAUGAGCACUCUGCCCAGGAACAUGUAUCCCACGAGUCCACGGGGGACGCUGAUGAGGAGGAAGGCCAAGAAGAAAGACUUCAAGAGCUCCUUGUCUCUGGCGUCCAGCACCGUCGGCCUUGCCGGUCAGGUCGUCCACACGGAGACCACCGAGGUGACGUUGCUAGGCGACGGCAUUAUGGGGUUCGGCCUGCAGCUGCAGGGCGGAGUCUUCGCCACGGAAACGCUGUCCUCGCCGCCGCUCAUCGCUUACAUCGACCCCGACAGCCCGGCUGAGAGGUGUGGCAUCCUGCAGAUCGGCGACAGGAUUUUGUCCAUAAAUGGAGUUCCUACUGAAGACUCGACACUGGAAGAAACCAAUCAGCUGCUCAGAGACUCGUCCAUCACCGCUCAGCUCACGCUGGAGAUCGAGUUUGACGUGGCCGAGUCGGUCAUCCCGAGUUCAGGGACGUUUCACGUGAAGCUGCCGAAGAAACCCGGAGUGGAGCUGGGGAUCACCAUCAGCUCUCCGUCCAACAGGAAACCAGGAGAUCCUCUGAUCAUCUCUGACAUCAAGAAAGGCAGCGUGGCACACAGGACGGGAACGUUGGAGUUGGGAGACAAGCUGCUCGCCAUCGAUAACAUCCGGGUGGAGAACUGCUCGAUGGAGGAAGCUGUCCAGAUCCUGCAGCAGUGUGAAGAACUCGUCAAGCUGAAGAUCCGAAAAGACGAAGACAACUCAGACGAGCAGGAAGUGUCGGGCAGCAUCAUCUACACGGUGGAGCUGCAGAGGUACGGAGGCCCGCUGGGAAUCACCAUCUCCGGCACCGAGGAGCCGUUUGACCCGAUCAUCAUCUCCUCGCUGAGCAAAGGAGGGCUGGCCGAGAGGACCGGUGCGAUCCACGUGGGUGAUCGUAUUCUUGCGAUCAACAGCAGCAGCCUGAAGGGGAAACCUCUGAGCGAAGCCAUCAGUCUGCUGCAGCAGGCCGGAGAGACGGUGACGCUGAAGAUCAAGAAGCAGGGAGAGUUGUCGAGCCCAAAGUCCUGUGUGAUUGGUCCAGGCCUGGGGCCGGGGGCGGGGCUUGUUCAGGAGCACCAGGAUGGAGAGGAGGAGCCUGUUGUCAUGGUCGCGCCUCUGUCCAGAGAGCAGAGAGCGUUCAGCACGCUGCCGUCAGUCGACAGCGCCGUGGAGUCGUGGGACGGAUCCAACAUGGACAGCAGCUUCACCACGCCGGCUCCACCAUUUCAGUCGUCCACGUACAGUUUCCACGAGUGGCGCAACGCCAAGACGGCCAACAGCCAAUCAUCUUCCUCCACUCGCCAGAGAGCCAAUCCGCUGUCAGAUCUGGGUCUGAGUGAUGACGAAUGGGACCGCCCACCACUCGGAGGAGGCUGUAAUCUGCCCAGCGGUCUAAUCACUGACAGCAGGUUCACUGUGGGGCACGACGGGACAGAACCGGACCAGGAGGAGAACUUCUGGUCUCAGGCUCUGGAGGAUCUGGAGACCUGCGGGCAGAGUGGCAUCCUGAGAGAGCUGGAGGAGUCUGGAAAGGAAACGCACCUCCUCACUCUGGCAACCAUCAUGUCAGGCUCCAGCCUCAGCCUGAACCAUGACCCCACCCCCCUGCGCAGCACAUUGGGCCGCCAGGCGAGCUUCCAGGAGCGCAGCAACUCCAGACCACAGGUGACGGCUCGGUCCAACACCUUGCCCUCUGACCCGCAGCGUCGAGCAUUUGCCAUGAGGAAGAUGAGGCAGGAAGUCAAUGAGAUCCUAAACCAGAACCCUGUGGAACUCCACAAGCUGAAUCUGGAGAAGGCUUCAGAUCUGGAGGAUUUUGGUUUCAGCGUUUCUGACGGUUUGUUGGACCGUGGCGUCUACGUGAGCAACAUCCGACCAGGAGGCCCGGCAGAGCGGGGCGGCCUCCGAGCCUAUGACCGAAUACUACAGAUCAACCACGUGCGGACCCGGGACUUUGACUGCUGCCUCGUCGUCCCACUGAUCGCAGAGUCUCCAAACCAUCUGGAGCUCGUCAUCAGCCGUAACCCCACCUCCUCCUCCACGUCCCUGCUGGCCAAUCACACCGAUGGCAUCACCAACAGCAGCCACUCCUCGCAGCCGGUCAGCAGCGAGCUGGGACCGUCGGAUCAAGUAGAGGAUGGCGGUCCGAUCAAGUGGACCCAACCGGGAGACGGGCUGAUGGCGGGGCUCGGGGUUGGGCUUGGAGUGGGGCAGGUGAAUAAUAAGUCCUUAUAGCAGACAAAAACUGGAUGAAACUGGAUUAAACCAGUUGUAACCAGACUGGAAUGGAGAGGUCAACAAGUAGAACAAUACAACAAAGUUGAAUUAAACUGGUUUAGACUCGUCCAAACUGGUUCAGAGUGGACCCCUCAUGGUGCUACACACCCUCUGGAUGAACUUUGACCCUUGACCACUAAAGUUUGACCUUUGAACUGCUGACGCAGCCUGAAAGCACACUGAUGGACUGGAGCAACUCCUCACCCUUUUCACCUGAACCAGUUCUGUCACUGGAACCAGAACUAUGACUACUGAUCCAACUGGAACCACUGGAGCUACCGACUGGCCCAAGAUGGAUGGGUACAGAUUCUGUUAGCCUAGAGCCAUGGCUACUAAUUCUACUUAAAUCAGAGCCAUUGCCAGGUCUUACUUGUCCAAGAUGUAUGGGCUCUGGUCUUAAAGGUUACAGAACCAUGUCCCCACUGAAGCCACAGCUAAUGGUCUUACUGGUCCAAGAUACAUGGGCUCUAGUCUUAGUGGUGACAGAACCAUGGGUACUGGUCCAACUGAUGCCAGAGCCACAGCCAGUGGUCUACGACAUGGUCUUAACGGUCACAGAAUCAUGGGUAUCAAGCCAGAGCCAUGACCACUGCUUCUAUGAGUCCAGAGCUGUGGCGCCUGGUCCUGAUCUGGUCUUACCAGAACCGGAACCACCAUGGCUUCUGGUUGUACAGGUCAAGAACCACAGCAGCACAAAGACUGAUGGGACUUCAGAAUCCAGAACCUGCUGAUAGACAGACAGAUUGCCAAGGAGACUAGGGAUGCUCCGAUCGGGCUGAUCACAUUGGGAUUGUCCAAAAUCUGAAACCCUUUUAAAGAAACCCACAACUGUGAUUUAUGUCAAAGACUCAACCUCACAUCAGGUUUUUAGAUAGUGAAGUACGGGGUAUGCUUGAAACAAGUACGGAUCCCAGCAGGGUUAUGGGUAGAAGUACCCAGAAGGUUGGGUUAGGGUACGUUUGGGUUCAGGCAGAUUGAAGAAGGUUGUGGUCAAGUGCGAGUCUUGAGAUGGUAAAGUUUGAGUAUAACAAGGUUGUUAGGACACGGUGGGGGUUAGGCGAAGGUUCGUGGUAGGUUGGGAUAAUCUAGAAGGACGGGAUCUGUACGACCUCAACGAGAUGCAGCUGCUCGAGUCUAAUCCUGAAGGUUAACAAAGCUCUGAGACAUCUAGAAUUUAUAUAUAUAUAUAUAUAUAAUUAGCUAUAUCUAUUAGCUUGUAGCAUGCUACCAGAGUAGCACCCCAAAGACACUUUAUCUAGAGUCCGACCAAGGAGUUCGUGCUUGUAGUAGGUGGACGGUACCAAUAUGUUCGUCAGAGCUUGUCUUGAUGGUGACAAGAAUAACUUUCAGAAUCAGCCUUUGUAGAGAUUGACAUGAAAUUAGCGAGAACGAACCCCCCAGAUGUUUAACGCCCUGAAGGUUCAGAUCUUUUCAGAAAGGAAACCCCCAAAGAUUUAGAAGGUUUAACCUCCCGUAAAUUUCCUGUACAGCUGCAAAUUUAACUAAAUCAUGUGACCCAUGAAGGUACCCAAAGGCAGCGUGGUUAAGGUUUAGAUUGGACGAACAGAACUGGUGAGGUUCUCCCUCUGGCGGAGCUCAGAAAGGUUCAUCCAAGUAUGUGUGGUGACUAUAAGGGCUGGGUAUCGAACCUUAAUAUUGUUUUGGUACCGACCAAAAUGUCUGUGUAGCACAAAAACUAUCAAGCACCAGAAGUUGGCGUCAAACGACGGCGACAGUGGUGGAAAACGGGCGUCCGCGAUGGAUCAGCUGAUUCUGAUCGGAGCAUCCCUGAUUAAACGAGGCGUAACGAGGAUUCACUGUUAAGAUUUGAGUUCUGUGCCAUUGACGAGCUGCAGACUGGAAGAGUAAUAAUAAUCAUGUGAUGAUGAUGAUGAUGAUGAUGACGACGACACUGAGCAGUUCAAUAAGAAUCUUUUUCUACUGUUUACAUCUGUUGGACUGGCCACACUGUGUGUAUGUAUGUGCGCGUGUCUGUUUGUAUGUUACGUGUGCGUGUGUUAAACACAAGGCCAGUUAAAGCCCCGCCCAUCUCCAAAACUCCUCGUCUUGGCUUAGCCCCGCCCCCCCUCACCACCACCACCUUCUUCCCUCUCGACCAAUAGGCAGCCAAGAUAGAUGACCUUGUCAGACGGCAGCAGUUCUGAAAGAUUCAGCUGAUUGGCUGGAACCAAUCAGAAAAAAGAAAAAAAAAACUUCUCUGCCUGUCUGUGAUUGGUUCUCCUCGACCCGACCAAUCAGCUCCCAGGAAGAAGCCAAGCAUGCCCCCGCCCUGACCCCGCCCCUCCCAGUGACAGUGAUCUAUUAUGCUAAUCGAUCGGUGUGUUUUUUGAUUGACUGUUGUCGGUUUUCUCUGUUUGUUUGUUUGUUUGUUUGUUCGUUUCCAUGGCGACCGAACCCGAAAAAAAUAUGUAAAAUAGAGAAGAAGAAAAAAAAAAAGUUUCGGUGACGUCGCCGUUCACGUCGAGAAAAGAAAAAAAAA